AUGGCCUCGCGGGUGCACACCCUCUUCAACCUCGAGCUGAUCAUGUGCGUCGGCUCGUACUACAUCUACCAGCGCUACAAGGCGGCCAUUGUAUCCUACAACGAAGGCCACCACCGACCACUAAACCGGAGAUGGACCCAAAUCUGCCCGGCCGACGUGUUGAAGGGCGCCUUGUUGAUCUUCUUGGCCUGCGGACAGUCAGCUUUUGCGUUUUACAUGGUCCGAGGCCAAACCGAAGUGUCCACCGCCGCCCUGCUGUGCCUCAUCUGCUUGGCCGGUUACCUGCACCUCUCCAUUCUGCUCCUCUUCUCCGAUCUCGUGCUCUUCAUCUCCUACUUGUUUGCCAAGGUCACGGGCAAAAUAGAGGAAGAGGGCGGAAUGUCGAGCUUCUGCGAGAAGUACCGACUCUCACAAGUGCUGCUGGUGACCAUUGUGGCCGUGUCGUUGAUCAGCGUCGGGUUGUAUCGUACUUUUACGCCGCCCUCGGUCGUUGACGAGACGUUCAAGACUACGAAAUUCAAGCCCGGCUCCGAACUCCAAAUCGCCCUCCUCAGCGAUUUGCAUAUCGGCCCAAGCGUCGGCCGAAAGCGAGUGCAAACCAUCGUCGACGUGGUCAACAGCAUUAAUCCUGAUAUCAUCGCGAUCAGCGGUGACCUGGCCGACGGCUACGUCAAAGAUUUGGGCGAGGCGGCCAAGCCAUUGUGCGAGCUUCGGUCAAAAUAUGGCGUGUACUUUGCGACUGGAAACCACGAGUACUACCACGGAAACGUCGAGGAAUGGUUCACAUUCUUGCGCGGCUGCAACAUCACGGUGCUGCACAACGAGAACUUCCGGUUGACGACUGGGAAAGGCGAAUCGGUGUGCAUGGCCGGCAUCGAUGAUUUGAUCACGCUGAAGCUACACAUGCACGGCCAUCAGAUGAACCCCCGAAAGGCGUUGGCGGGUUGCCAAAAAUCCGAUCUCGUCGUUUUGCUUGCCCAUCAGCCAAAUGCAGCCCGAUAUGUAUUGUCAGACCCGGCGACAAAUGGAAAUGUUGACGUCGUGCUAUCUGGUCACACCCACAACGGCCAGUUCAUCUUCUUCGUCCCGUUCGUCCACCUUGCCAACGCGUGGACGCACGGGCUGUACUGGAAUGUGCCCACUAACACCCAUAUCCUCGUCUCGGCCGGUGUCGACUUCUUCGGGCCUCCAGUUCGAACUUCCGGCUACUGCGAGGUGGUCCGGUUGACGAUCGCCGGAAAGUCA